CCGGCUUUCGCAGCGUGCGCCUCGUAACCCCGGAAUUUUGGCCGUGUUUAUCUUAGCCCAAUUCGAACGUAACGAACGCCAAAUCCGCACAUAGACCGCAUUUCGAUCCGAUUCGGCGAGACAACGACGAUGUCGAUGCUGCUGCUCCUUUUGGCCGGGCAGCUCCUGCUACUGCCCCUCGUCGCCGGCGGCUCCUGUCGGGAGGCGCAGCUCUGCUGCAAUGGCCGCGACUCGUCCUGCGUCGUCCAGAAGGCCCCCAUUAACGCAAUCAUCGAGGACCUCAGCGACAAGCCCUGCUACUGCGACCACGCCUGCCUCAAGCUCGGCGAUUGCUGCGACGACUUCAAGGACCACUGCGGAGUGCUGGACUGCCAGGUGGGCGAUUGGGGCGCCUGGAGCGAGUGUGACAAGGGCUGCGGCACUGGGAUGAUGACGCGGAACCGCCAGAUCCUGCAGGCGGCCCAAAACGGAGGAAAACACUGCCCCACAUUGGAGCAGAAGCGCAGCUGCCAAGGAUACCGCUGCCAUGGACAUCACGACAAGAAGAUUUUGCACGAAAUGGCCCUGCUCCUGCCAGCUGCACUCUCGCACAAUCGUCACAUCAACGACAGCACUGAUAUCCGGCGCAAUCUGCGCACGCGCUACCGCGACUCCUACAAACACAACCAUGAUCAUGAAUAUUGCGUGGAAUUUGAGGUAAUAAAAGCCUCCAAGGCCUGCCACAAACUGCCGCCAUACAACCUGAUGCUAGAGGGCGACCGUAUAACGGUGCGCUGUGACCUGGAGGCGUUGAUCCAGGACUCUGUGGCCAGCUCCACCACCGCCAGGACACCGCAGGGCCCCAAUCCGCCGACCAGCACCACCGCUGCCGCCUCCUCUUCCGGCCAGCGGGCGGAUGACCUAGAGGAGAACAGCAGUGACGGCGACGACCAGGACACGGAGGCGGAGGAGGAGGAGGAGGAGCAGGAGCAGGAGGAGCAGGACGACCUGCAGAACGCCCUGGACACGGAGAGCAACGAGAGUUCCGAUUACCGCCACCAGCGGUCGCACAGCCGCCGGACAGCGGGAAAACGCAGCGCCGCCGUGCCGGCCACGCCCCCGCCCACGCUGGCGCCCACCUACCACUGCCGGGGGGAGGGGCUGGCCGGGCGCACGACACGCUGGAGCGCGCUGCCGGCGCCGUCGUGCCGCGGCAAGUGGCUGCGCCUGACCGUCGGACCGCCCAAGAAGUGCGGCCACGCCCAGUUCAUCUUCGUCUAAGGCGAUCACUUUUUUUUUUGUCCCCGUGUAGGUUAUGGUGUACGGUUAUGGUGCCCCCCCAUCAUAUCAUAUCAUAUCACCCGCAAACCCCCGCCCCCAAGCACCCCCGCAAGCACCCGUCCCCCCUUCACUUUCGGCCCAAAUAAAAGUAGCCCAUCGUAUGUAAGCGUUUAAACAUUAAGCCAGUGGAUUAAGAAGAUCUUAGCAUAUGUGUGUGAGGUCAGGAUUUUUUUUUGUCUCUCUAGAGUAGCGAUCCGGAAGAUAGAGUAUUAGAAAUCCAUUUUCAAUGGAUAUUUCAAUGGGAAUUUCAAAACUUUCUUAUAACACGAAUCCAAUACAUU